AUGGAUAAUUGUCCAUCCGAGAUAUGGGACAGGAUCUUUUCUUUUGCGUGUAGGGACGAUGGCUUCACUGGACGAUCAUUGGCGUUGGUGUCGAAAUACAUGCGCGAUGUCUCGAGCCCGACGCGGUACCAGUCCUUGAAGGUGGAGGGCCUUGAUCAGAUGUUGGGAUGCGCACGCGUGUUGGAAAGCACCCCUGCUACUAACCGUCGAGUCCGAUACCUGUUCCUUUCCACCGCCCACCCUGAUGAGCAGGAGCCCAAGCCAUCCACACAGAAUACGCUUGACCUUAUAAAACAUGAGGCCCAGAUUCAGCAGGCAAUGGUACAAUUGCUAUCCAUCGUGGCGUCUUCUGUGCAGGUUCUCUACGUCAUGUUCACGUUUCGUCGAAGUCUUAUGCUUCCAGCAAUGACCCUGCCAGCCCUCUCUGAACUUACGCUUUAUGGCCCCUUUCCUGACGACGAGACAAAUCAAUUGAUUUUCGAGCCAUACCCCUCCUUGCGACGGCUCCAUCUCGCGAAUAUACCAUACUAUCCGUCGGAUCAGCGCAUCCCCAGCAUCGCACCUAGCCUCACCCAUCUACGCGUAUCGGCCAGGGAAUCUGACUUUCUCGACUUCAUUCGCAGACUCGCCAGGGUCAUAGACCUCCAGGACCACAUUGACGGUACUAACGGCAUCAUCGGUGGCAACCAGCAACUCAAGCUCCCAGACACCCUGCAGCGCAUCCUAUUUGAGCCCAGCCUCGAGCAACCUUCCUUCGGGGGAGGCUGGUUCAUGUCCAGCUAUCAGUACCUUCUGACGAUGAAGGAGAUAUGGCAGGUCGCGCGGAUCGACGAUAGGUGGAGUUUCCACGAAGCUGAAGCUGAUUGGAUCGAACGUAUCAACGGCGGACAGGGCUGUUGGAGAUUUUGA